AUGCUCUGGGACUUGGACACGGCCUUGCCCCAUAGUAUUUGCUGUGGUUUUUCCAGUGAGCCGUACCGAGCGUGUGAACACUGGCAGCAGUUUCAACUCUUGACAGGCAAAGCACAGCGGGUAUGUAUUGCUGUAUCAAGAAAUGGUUAGAUGAUGCAGGAAGGGAGAGGAGCGCUGAGUGUGCUUUCCAAAAGGAUACAGCACAAAUGUCUUUUUUCCAGCAGCGAGAUGCUACUGGACCAAGAAAAAAGGAAAGCUAGCAUCAUAGCCUCUCUGCAGGCACUGGGGCAGGAUUCUGCAAAAGGGAGAAAGAGUAAGAAUUCCAGAAGAAAGAUGAUCUCAGAUUUAAGUCCUUCUCUGUGUCAUUGCCUGCCUCCUGGGAAACUUAUGCCUGGAUCCAACUUCAGUGGUGAAGUCCACUGGAAGGGAAAUCUCCCCACAGGACCAUCUGCUCUGGGAAUAUGGAAGCUGACAAAUCUGGGAAAAAAGCCUCACAUUCCUAAGGGCAGAGGAUACAGCACAUGGACACCUUCCCAAUCUCUGCAGCACAUCCUAUCCCCACCCCUGGGGCACCAGGCAAGGGAGAGACCCAGCAGAUUCAAGUCAGAUCUUCUGUUCAGGUUUAAAAAAGCUGCUAAAUGCAUUGUCAUGCUUUGCUCACUUUACAAAGAACACCACCUUCGGGCCAACCUCAGUUAUGGUAUUGAGAGAGUAAGGAGAUGGCAGCCCAGCUCAAGCCACAUGGAACAGUCUCAGGAGGAGAUUCUUUUUGAUGUGACAUUAUUCAGGGCUAAGAAACCGGCCAGGAUUUCUCAGCGUGCCAUCUGUAUUCUUCAUCGGUGCCCACAGGAACGAAGUGAGAAAGACAUUAGCUAUAUACUAAUUACCUUGCAACCUGUAAAGGCAUUUGGAAAUUACUCCACCAGGAUUCAGAAGGAAGUAGCAAAAGUUGCAUGGUACUCCAGAUACGAAUCCUGCCAAGUAAUGAUCCAACAGGGCUAUCCUCCACAUUCCUUUUAUAUCUGUCUCUCAGGAUCUGCAACAGUUAUCAGGAAGAACCAUGACAAUGGCCAGUUAAAGCCUGCCUGGUUCUUUAGUCAAGGGGAUGCAUUUGGGGAUCAAGAGAUUAUAAAUGAUGACCCCUGGCAGGGAACUGUUAUUAUUCAGGAACCAGCUGAGUUUCUCUGCAUUGACCAAGAGGACUUCAUCAGAAUUUUCCUGUCUGAUGCAAGAAAGGUGCUUGGGGACCCUGAGCAGCUGCUGUUUCUGAGAAGCCUUCGGUGUUUUGAAGGUUGGCCGGUCCAUCUUUUGGAAGGCAAUCCUGGCAAAUACAUCGUCUGCCACUACAGAAGGGGAUCAGUUGUUCUGAGAAACAGUAAUGUGACCAAAUGGAUUUACAUUGUCAAAGCAGGAAGUUGUUCUGUCCUGAAGGUUUUUAAAGAUGACCUCCCCACCACUGGAGUAAUGCAAGCAGGAGCUGGCAGAAGCAGCAUGGUGACUCCUAUGAUCAUUGCUGUAGACACCUUGCUGCAAGGAUCUGUAUUUGGGCUCUUGGACUUUCUCUUUGAGGAUCAGCCAAAUUUGUGUGUGGUCAGCAAUGGAGCUGAGUGCCUUAAGAUUUCAAAAAAGUUUUUCCUGCAUCAUGCUUCAAAAGACCUUCUGGAGAGACUGCGCAAAGAGGAACAUUCCUACCCCAGCGAGGCCAAGCUGAAGGAACAGCUACAGCGGGUAGUGCGGUGGCAAGUUUUUCGGAAAGCAGCUUUGGCAAACACAAUUCAAGGGAUUGAACUGAAACGCAAAUUGCUUCCACGUUCCCCGAGUAUAGGGCUCUACGCAUGCUCAAAAAACUAACUCAUGUUUCUGCCAAAAAUGGAGGGAUGUCAGUGAGUACAUGCUGGAGAAAUAAAAACCUAAAUCCCCAGACCCCCCCUCCCCAAACUGUUUGGGAGAUGGUAAUAUAUUAAAUUAGGUCUCUAAUUUUUCCAUGAUUAUGAUAAAUUACACGAUGAAAUGUCAGAGAAGCAUAUUUCUCACUAUGUCUUAAUAGUGCCAUAUACUCUUUCCUUUACA